AUGCUCGGUUUUUACACGGGAGGCUUGACACAGUUGAAGGGUCUUGAACGGUUGAAGGGUCAUACACAUGCAUGCGAGGCUAGCUUGAAGGGUCUUGACAUCGAUUUUAUUGAUCUCAACUACGUUCAUUGCAUUGAUACUCGUGUACCAAUUGAAAUCACGACUAUGCCAAGGUUUCAACUAGAGAAUUUCGAGCAUAAGAAAAAGUUGUAUGAGCAAGUUAAUAUAAUAGCAACAAGGAAGGGACGCACUAUACCACAGCUAGCAUUGUCCUGGGUCCAUCACCAAGGGGAUGAUGUUUCUCCCAUACUUGGCACCACCAAGAUCAAAAACUUCAAUCAGAAUGUCGGAGCUUUAUCUAUAAAACUAACACCCGAUGAAAUGGUUGAGCCUGAGUCUAUUGAUACGGCUAAUGCGGUGAAGGGUGAGAGUUAUUCAUCUUCACACAUGGCUUUCACUUGGAGAUUUGCAAAUACUCCUCCUCUGUCCUCUUGGAAAGCUAAAUGA